ACCCCAACAUUAAACCCUAAACCCUGCGAGAGUAACUUCGGAGGAGGCAGUCACAGGGACUACUCAACGGCUCAUUUCGAAACGCUCUCAAAAGACUGGAACUUUCGCUGUUUUUCUUAAUCUGCUCUCAUACCAUAUCUAUUUAAAAAAGAGAAAAUACACACUGCGUUUUGGAAUAUAAUUAGUUGUUUUUCAUAUGAAUUUUAUCAACUUUUGUUAAGAGGCAAUACAUAGUAUCUUAAUUUUGUGUUGUAUUUUUUAUUUUUAUUUAUUUUUUUGAUUUGCAGAUUGAGCCGAAUCGCUAGGAUUUGUAAAAUUUUGAUUAAUUUCCUUUUCUUCAUAUAUAUAUAUAUAUAAUACUACGGGACUUUGAGGUUGUUACUGUAGGUAUCAGUGUUUUCCAAAUGGCUAUGGAUGGAAGCUUCAGUAUACAAUCUGCUCUUGAAAGGUUUCUUGCUCGUUGCCCAAACCUGCAAUCUCUUCGGCGGUUUGACUCGCUUGUCAAGAAGGGGGACACGGUGACGGAAGAGGAAGUGGUGAAAGCGGUAGCGGAUGUGUUCCUGCUACCGAGUUACACCAUUCCGUUGAUUGGCUGCUUCAGAGCCAUUGCCACACAGAUUGUGGACAAAGCUGUGGAGUUGCUCCGGUUUGUACCCAAUUUAAGGUUCAAUUCCGACGACUCGGUUGCGGAAUUUGGAGAAGACAGAAUUUUAAAUGAGAGUUCAGUUAUUGAGUUCUACAACGGUGUUGGAAAGGGUUUGGAUCUUCAUGAGCUUGCUUGCCUGGCCUUCUGUCGUGCCCUUGACUUGGCUCCUUUUUUAUUGGGGUCUGUGUUGAAUUAUUUCAAAUAUGCUCCACCUCCGUUUGGACGCCUGCUUUUGAGACAGACAAUUUCGGAGCUGUGUGAAAAGGUUUGGAGUCAUUUAUUGCUUGCUGUCCGAACAUCUUAUCGCUUCCUCCUAUUGCAAUUUGAUACUUUCUUCAAACUUUGGGAUUGGUCCUGUUUCUUGGACCUUUCAAAGCAGCGUGCAAAUUUUGGUCUGUGCAGCAGUACCAACAAUAUGGAGGUUAUUGUAGAUAUAAGAUGGUGUGUUAUACAGAUAAUCUCACUCAUUCUUAAUUUGAGUGAUAGAACCACUACAUUCUUGGGUAUUAGUGAUGAAGAGGGAUUUUCAUGUUUAUUGCGCUGGGAGGAUUUCUGUCAGGAUGUAGCACUGGAGAAGGCUAGCUGGUAUAUUGAAUUGUCGGAACCAAAUAAGUCGGGUUCUGUGAAUGGAAGUUAUGAUUUAAAUCUGAAAAGUUGUUUACAUUCUUCGUCCAUGUUCUCAUCUGUUUAUAUGGAGCCACCUAUCCGGAGUCAACGGCAUGCUACAUGGGAUUAUGAGUCAUCUGGCAAUCCAUUUGUUUUGACAUCAACAGUGAAGAAAAGCUUCGAAAUGGUGCUAUUGGCUGUUAGUCAAAAGUGUCCAGUUCUUUUGUACGGUCCGACUGGUUGUGGAAAAUCUUCUCUUGUUAGCAACAUAGCUCAGAAUAGUGGAAACCAAGUUCUAUCAAUUCACAUGGAUGAUCAAAUUGAUGGUAAAACAUUAGUUGGAAGUUAUGUCUGUACGGAACGGCCUGGUGAAUUCAGGUGGCAACCAGGGUCUCUUACACAGGCUGUUCUACAUGGUUAUUGGGUUGUCUUUGAGGAUAUUGACAAAGCACCGUCUGAUGUGCAUUCCAUCUUAUUACCAUUGUUGGAGGGUGCAAAUUCAUUUGUAACUGGGCAUGGAGAGGAAAUAAGGGUGGCUGAAACUUUUCGUUUAUUUUCUACAAUUUCAACUUCUAAGCUUGAUGUUUCUAGCAUAACAGAAGGAGGCAAUUCACUUUCUAGUUUUUGGAGGAGAGUGAUGGUUGGGCCUCCAAACAUAGAGGACUUGCAAAACAUAGUGGAAGUGUGCUAUCCAAGUCUAAAGCCUCUGGCUGAGAAACUCAUAGAAACAUAUGGAAUUGUAAACUCUGCUCUAAGUCUGCAUGCUGGAUUUCAGCCUGGAAAUUCUGCUUCUGCUAAUUAUCUAAGCAGGUUUUCAUUGAGGGACCUCCUCAAAUGGUGUAAGCGUAUAGUGGGCAUGGGUUUUAGCUUUAUUGGGAAUGAAAUGUCGGCUUAUGAGUGUGAUUGUAUUUAUCAAGAGGCUGUGGAUAUAUUUGCAGCAUUUUCAAUUUCUGCUGAGAAUCGCUUGACCAUGAGGAAAGAAAUUGCCAAGUUGUGGGCAGUACCAGCGACUGUUACUGAGACAUUGUAUCCUCCUAAUAAACCUGUAAUUAAGGAUUUACUUUCAGAAUUAAGAAUUGGUCGAGUUUCUCUCCAGCGCACUCAAACAACUUUACACACUGAAAGGAAAUCGUUUGUUGAGAUUCGUAGUUCUCUUCAUUUACUUGAGAGAUUAGCAGCUUCUGUCAAGGGCAAUGAGCCUGUACUCUUGGUUGGAGAAACUGGUACUGGGAAGACCACACUUGUACAGGAUCUUGCCUUGAGGCUUGGUCAGAGACUAACUGUUCUGAACUUAAGUCAACAAAGUGAUGUUGCCGAUUUAUUAGGGGGAUUUAAGCCUAUGGAUGCUCAGUUCAUAUGCUUUCCACUUUAUAAAGAGUUUGAGGAUUUAUUCUCGAAGACAUUUUCUGUCAAGGCCAAUUUUGAUUUUCUUUCGCGCUUACAAAAGUAUCUCACUGACAAGAAAUGGAAAAUGUUACUACGUGGAUUUCAGAAAGGUUUUGAUUUUUUCCAGAGAUCGGUUGAAGAGGGAAGAUCUGUAUCUGGAAAAAAGAGGAAGAAACCUUUGGAGGAGGAAAAAAUCAAAGCUUGGGAGAACUUUUCUUUGAAUCUUGAAACUGCUCGUCAGCAAAUUGCUGCUUCUUCAGGAAUGAUAUUUUCAUUUGUAGAAGGAGCAUUUGUAACUGCUCUGAAAAAUGGUGAGUGGAUUUUGCUUGAUGAAGUGAAUUUGGCUCCUCCAGAGACCUUGCAGAGAGUUACUGGUGUUUUGGAAGGAGAGAGUGGGUCACUUUGUUUAGUUGAAAGAGGGGAUGUUAGUCAUGUACGUCGACAUCCUAAUUUUCGUUUAUUUGCUUGUAUGAAUCCUGCAACUGAUGCUGGAAAGAGGGAUCUGCCCUUCUCUAUAAGGAGCAGAUUUACUGAGUACUUCGUAGAUGAUGUAUUAGAUGAUGAAGAUCUAACUCUAUUUGUUAAUCAAUUUUUGGGUGACAACAAAUCAGAUUCGGAAUUAGUGAAUAAAAUUGUGCGUUUCUACAAAGCAGUGAAAAAAGACUCCGAAGAAAGGCUGCAGGAUGGAGCUAAUCAGAAGCCACAGUAUAGUUUAAGGUCUCUUUAUCGGGCACUAGAAUAUACCAGGAAGUCUGAACGGAGUUUCGGAUUUCAAAAGGCCAUAUACGAUGGGUUCUGCAUGUUUUUUCAGACUUUGUUGGAUAGACCGAGUGCCAAGAUAAUGGACCAAAUGAUAUUAUCGUAUUUGUUGGGGGGGAAGAUUCCACGUCAUGUACCGUUUGAUGGUUAUUUAAACUCUAUAAGUACCUCUAAUGAAUUUACAGAUAAUUAUAUCUUAACUAGAAGUGUUAGGGAACAUCUAAGUAGCCUGGCACGUGCCAUUUGGAUAAAAAAAUAUCCUGUCCUCUUGCAGGGACCUACAUCUAGUGGGAAGACUAGCCUUGUUCGGUAUCUUGCAGCAAUAACAGGUCAUGAAUUUGUACGGAUCAAUAAUCAUGAACACACUGAUCUGCAGGAAUAUCUUGGUUCCUACAUAACUGAUGCUGGUGGCAAGCUUGUAUUUCAUGAAGGUGUUUUGGUUAAGGCUAUCCGUAAUGGCUAUUGGAUAGUUCUGGAUGAGCUUAACUUGGCUCCAUCUGAUGUGCUGGAAGCAUUGAAUCGAUUAUUGGAUGACAACAGAGAACUUUUUGUGCCUGAGCUGCAGGAAACUAUUCGCCCACAUCCAGAUUUUAUGCUUUUUGCCACUCAGAAUCCACCUACUUUUUAUGGUGGGCGUAAAAUGCUUUCUCGAGCAUUCCGCAAUCGUUUUAUAGAGAUUCAUGUAGAUGAAAUUCCUGAAGAUGAGUUGAGCACUAUAAUAGAGAAUAGGUGUAAGAUACCCGAAAGUUAUGCUAGGAAGAUGGUCGAAGUCAUGAAAGAGUUGCAAUUGAAUAGGCAGAGAAGCAAAGUAUUUGCUGGAAAACAUGGGUUCAUAACUCCGCGUGACUUGUUCCGUUGGGCUGAUCGUUUCAGAAAACUCGAGGGUAGGUCUUAUGAAGAUCUGGCCAGAGAUGGUUAUUUUCUCUUGGCAGAGAGGCUGCGCGAUGAAGGCGAGAAACAUGUUGUACAAGAAGUUUUGGAGAAACAUCUCCGUGUUAAACUUCUUAAAGAUGACCUGUACAAGCAGGAAUCAGUUGGACAAAAUCCUGUUUUCAACUUCACUAAUGGCGAUAAAGUUCUGUUCGGUCCUAAAAAUGUUAUUUGGACUAAAAGUAUGCAGAGGUUGUACUUUCUCGUGGAACGUUGCCAUAGAGUGCAGGAACCUGUACUCCUUGUUGGUGAAACAGGGGGAGGGAAGACAACUGUCUGUCAAUUACUAAGUAUUCUUUUGGGUUCAAAGUUACACAUUUUAAACUGUCAUCAGUACACAGAAACAUCAGAUUUUCUUGGGGGUUUUUAUCCUAUUCGAGAGAGGUCGAGGUUAAUGUUAGAUUUUAAAAAAAUAAUUGAAGAAAUUGUGACAUUGGACACAUUUGACCAUUUCCAUCCAGAUUUUUCUCUUUCUUCAGACAUAAGUCAAGCUUCUUCAACAUUGUAUAUGCUGGAAGAAAUGAUGAAAACAUACAAAAAGGAUCGGGUGUCGUGUCCUGGUGUCACUGAUCAAGAUCUGAGGACUUUGGAAGUUAUGGUGGCGAAUCUCUCUGAGCUGCACCAGAAGUGGCAGACUAUUUUUAUGUGGCAAGAUGGGCCCCUUGUUCAAGCAAUGAGAGAUGGUGAUCUAUUUCUGGUAGAUGAGAUUUCCUUGGCUGAUGAUAGUGUACUUGAAAGACUGAACAGUGUCUUGGAGCCAGAAAGAACACUGUCAUUGGCUGAGAAAGGAGGCUCUGAACUGGAGAAGAUUGUUGCCCAUCCUAAUUUCUUUUUGCUUGGAACGAUGAAUCCCGGUGGUGAUUUUGGCAAGAAGGAAUUAUCUCCUGCUCUUCGUAAUCGGUUUACGGAGAUAUGGGUUCCCCCUGUUGAUGAUUCAAAUGAGCUUAAAAGUAUUGCUUUACGGAGAUUGUUCUCCCCAAAGCUCUCAUACAUUGUGGAUCCCAUGCUCAGUUUUUGGGAGUGGUUCAGCCAUCUACAGACAGGUAGAAUGCUUACUGUCAGAGAUCUGCUGUCUUGGAUUGAUUUUAUUAAUGUAACAGAGAGCAGAUUAGGACCUGAAUAUGCAGUCCUUCAUGGGAUGUUCCUUGUUUUGCUUGAUGGACUAAGUUUAGGGACUGGAAUAUCUAAAAGGGACGCUGAAGAGCUGCGGAAGAGUAGCUUGUCCUUCUUCCUAGAACAACUUAAGGUUGGCGAUGCAAAUGUGAUGUUCUCAAAACAUUCGACAUUGCAAAAUUAUGGUUGGGGCGAUCUUGAAACGUCUAUGGAUACUUCACUUGACAACAAGAUGCAAUGUGACAAUAUAUUUGGUGUGGAUCCAUUCUACAUUGAGAAAGGUUGUGAAAAUUGCAAGGAUGGAGAAUUUGAAAUUUUUGCACCAACUACCUGCAGAAAUGCAUUGCGUGUGCUGCGUGCUAUGCAGCUUCCGAAGCCUGUUCUAUUGGAAGGUAGCCCAGGUGUCGGGAAAACUAGUUUAAUUGUUGCAUUAGGCAAGUUUUCUGGUCAUAAGGUUGUAAGGAUAAACUUGUCUGAGCAGACUGAUAUAAUGGACUUGUUGGGGUCGGACUUACCUGUUGAGAGUGAGGACGGAAUAAAGUUUGCUUGGUCAGAUGGGAUCCUACUACAGGCCUUGAAGGAAGGCUGUUGGGUUUUGCUUGAUGAACUUAAUCUUGCUCCACAAUCUGUGUUAGAGGGUUUGAAUGCUAUUCUCGAUCAUCGAGCUGAGGUCUUUAUCCCAGAGCUGGGUUAUACAUUCAAGUGUCCAUCAUCUUUCAAAAUUUUUGCUUGUCAAAAUCCUUCAUAUCAAGGUGGUGGUAGGAAAGGCCUUCCAAAGUCAUUUCUGAACCGUUUUACGAAGGUUUAUGUGGAUGAGUUGGUUCAGGAUGAUUAUCUUUUCAUUUGUGGCACAAAAUAUCCAUCGAUUUCUAGGCCUCUACUCUCAAAGUUAAUUUUAUUUAACAAGCAAUUGUAUGAAGAAACCAUGCUUUAUCACAAAUUUGCGCAGGAUGGUUCUCCAUGGGAGUUUAAUCUCAGAGAUAUAUUUAGAUCAUGCCAAAUCAUACAGGGUUCACCAGAGAAGUCGAAGAACUACUGCUUCCUUGACACUGUUUAUGUUCAGAGAAUGCGUACAGAAUCUGACCGCAGACAGGUGCUACAACUCUAUGAGCAGAUAUUUGAGGAGAAACCCUAUAUAAAUCCUUAUCCACGAGUUCAACUAAACUCCCAAUACUUUAUAGUUGGGAAUACUGCAAUAAGACGGAACAAUGUGCAGUCAUCAAAAAUUCCUAACAGUCCACUAAAAAUUUUGCCUGGAAUUUGUAAUAGUUUGGAAGCUGCUGCUCAGUGUUUAGAGCAUGAAUGGUUGUGUAUCCUGAUUGGUCCUGCAUCUUCUGGUAAGACUUCAUUGAUACGGUUACUGGCGCAGCUUACUGGAAAUGUAAUUAAUGAAUUACAUCUUUCAUCUGGCACUGACAUAUCUGAAAUACUCGGAUGCUUUGAGCAAUAUAAUGCCUUUAGGAAAUUUCGCUUUAUUGUUGCUCAAGUUGAGUGCUACAUUAAUGAGUACUGCAGCUUGCAACUUGAGACUUUCAAGGAACCUUUUUUGAGUGAAGGAGAAGGUUUUAUGACAAAAUGGCUUGCCUUUCUGUGUAGCAUGAAUAAUGAUUUUGUUUCAUGUUUUACCUCUAUGCAUGUGGAUGAUAGAAAGAGAUUUGUUGAUUCUCUUUCCAUGUUAAUUAAAAUCAUACAAGAACUAAAGCUGGUUCAGGAGAAAAACAAUUUAUCACUACCUUGGUCAAGCAAAGAGCUGGAUAAAAUCGUGAAGACAACUAUGAAGUUGCAAGAAGAUCAUGAGAAGAGGUCAUUUUCUGUGAAGUUUGAAUGGAUUACAGGCCUGCUGAUAAAGGCUGUAGAACGUGGAGAGUGGAUUGUUUUAGAAAAUGCAAAUUGUUGUAAUCCAACAGUUCUUGAUAGGAUCAACUCUUUGGUGGAGCCAUCUGGAUCCAUUACGAUUAAUGAGUGUGGGAUUGUUGAUGGGAAGCCUGUUGUUCUCCAUCCACACCCAAAUUUUCGAAUGUUCCUUACAGUGAACCCAAAGUAUGGUGAGGUUUCUAGAGCAAUGCGAAAUAGAGGAGUUGAAAUAUUUCUGAUGCAGCCAAAUUGGCUGCUGGAUGAUAGUUGUGGAUACAGUUGUGAUGACAUUGCAUUAAAUGAUGUGAAAAGAUUUCUUGUUUUAUCAGGUAUUCCUUUUGGUAAAUUGGUACAUUCUAUGGCCAAAUCACAUAUUUAUGCCAGAGAAGAAGGCUUACGUUUUAAUAUUUCCAUUACGUAUCUUGAGCUUGCACGCUGGGUUCAGUUGUUCCAGCAACUUAUCAUGAAUGGCAAUCAGCCUUUGUGGAGCCUUCAAACAAGUUGGGAGCAUAUAUACUAUUCUUCUUUAGGUGUGGCUGAUGGUGGCAGUACUAUAAGUCAUGUAAAACAUGCUUAUUUGUCAGUGAUGAGUUUGUCCGAAUCUGGCUCAUCACUGGCAUCCUCUUUAUGUUUGCCUGGAGGAUGGCCAAUGCCUCUGAAGUUGAGGGAUUUUGUGUUUUACUCAAAAGAGACUAGUGUGAAGCGAAAUUGCUCCUAUCUUGAGUUCUUGGCAGCUCAAUGUGCUUCAUAUGAGUUAAGCAGGUGCUCAGUGUACCAAGAUUCAACUGCUGGUGGCUUUGCAGGGAAUUAUUUGAUGGAUAUUAGGAUGUUACAUCAAAUUAUGUUUCCUAAGGCUUUCAAUAUGAAGGAUUUGAACAUUGGGGAAAGGUUUGACUUGGAAUUGGCUAAAAAGAAGUUAUGGUUUGCUGCUAACUGGACCAUUGAACAGGCCACUGGAAGUGAUUUUGAGCUUUAUUUUUUAUGGUUUAGGUGGUUUGGUUCUCGAUUGCAACCCUUAGCUCAGGUGUUUGAUUUAUUUAAAUUGGUUGUGGAGCAUCCCAUUUGGAAAUAUUUGACUUACAUUUAUCGUCAGCUUUACCAAGUAGAUUUUGAAAAGCAUCCAAUUCCGAUUUUGUCACUUGAAUUUGUUGAUGGGAUUGAAGCAAAUGACAGGAACUGUAAGUUUCUUCAGAAUGCUAUUAGCUGUAUAGGCCCGUUAAAGCUUACUUAUCAACAAUGGAGUGAUGAAAGCAAGCAUUAUGAUUGCGAGGAAGCUCAACAUUUUAUACCAGUGUUGUCAUCUCUGCGUUUGUUGGAGGAGGAAUUGCUUAAUAAGCUUGUUGAGACUUCAUCAUUCAAUGCACUCAUUCAAUUAUAUGCUGAUCUUCUUGAGGACCACAUAUUGUUUUGGAAUGGUGUUAUGUCAUCGGACCCAGGGAAGUUAUUAAUUUCUUGGCGCUCUCUGCUGAAGAAAGCCACAAAACUGAAGGUCUUCUCUCCUGAAGCAGUUGAUAAUCUGCUGAGGAAUAGCAAGAAUCUGGACACUGUUUGUUCUUUGAAUUUUCACUUGGAGAAGCCCUUGCUUUGGGUUAACGGUGGUCACCCUGUUUUGCCUUCUUCUGCUUGUUUAUUCAAGAAGCAGCUUCAGCUUUUGAAAUUUUGUGAGUUGGUUUGGCCAUCAGAGAGAGAAUUGUCUGAUACUGAAGAUGAUUGCAUGAUUGGAGUUGUUGCAUCUUCUGAUUCCGAAUUUCGCUUUUUGGUGUUGGAAGGUAUUUCCAUGUUAUCAAGUAUCACAGGAAAAUUUGGUUAUGAUGAGGAAGAAGUCCUUGUUCAGCAGUUGGAGGACAUUUAUGAGAAGCUGGAGAAGCGGUUUAAACAAGUUAAACGUGGUGUGGAGAAAAAAUUGGGGUGUGACAAAUUUGCUGUUUCUGAAGCAAAUUCAUCUGCUUGUUGCUCUUAUUCUACUGAAACAUUGUGUCAGAAGUCUGGGUUUGAUAGUUGGCAGGAGACUCUUCCUUUAAUUGACAUCACGAGCUUCUCCCUGGAUAUGGAGUUGCUUCAAAAGCUAUCAUCUGUUGUUUUGGUUGAUUCCAAAGGGUUGCAGCAAGCAUUAAGUGAUGUAUCUACCCAUCUGGAGUCUGCUCUGAAUUUCUCUUUGGCCUUCUCAUCAAGACCUCCCCAAAUGUUUUUGCCACAUCAGAAACUAUUGUGGAUACUUGAUGCAUGGACUCUAGUAGAUACAGUGGAUGGAAAAAUCUCCAGUUUUUUGCUUGAGAUGUGGUUUAGAUGGCAUCAAUCUUUAUGGAUUUAUGUCCCUGCGUCUGUCAAGAACUUCUCAAGGGAACCAGGUUAUGAUAUUCCUGUACCUGAUGUGCUUGUUUGUCCUGUGAUGAUGGCAACUAAUUUCCAGAUGCUGCAAAAUACAAUUGCUAUUAAGGAUUAUCAUGUCGGAUCUUUGAAGAUUAGAGUUGCAUCAUUAAACCUUUGGCACAGCCUUUCACCUGGAGCAAAAUUACCUUCAUUUCUUUUGUCUGCUGCUUGCUAUCUUUUUGAGCAGAUCAUUAGUGCUCACCGGAAAGCUUUUGAUGCUGAGAAAUUUUCUACAAUCAAGUCUAUUCUUUGUGAUUUCCAGAUAAAUACAGUUGAGAAAGAGAGUGUCAAGCUUGAUAACAUGCACCAUAUGAGAUCCCUCAUCUUGUCAUCAAGCCAUCAAAGAUUGAAAGAGUCAGUGGAUAUGUUCAUUGAGCCACUGCUUGAGGAGCUCUAUCUUCGUUGCUCAUCCACUGACCCCAUGUCAAGUCUUGGUCGUGUUUGGUUGUGCCUUGGGGGCUUACGUCUGAACCUUUUGCUUGGCUGUGGUGAUCUUGAUCCUUCCAUGAAAUACAAUAUCAAGUACACACGGUUAGCAGAGAGGAUAACCUUGCUUAAACUUGAAAUGCAGGUGCGUAAAGAAUGUGACUAUUUAGCAGGAUGGACUUCUACACGUGAGGCUGAUAAACAAAGGGCACAGGAAUUGGAAAACCUUGAAAAAGAACAGAAAAGGCUGCAACGGAAGAUGGUUUUUCGCUCUGAUCAUGGGAAAUUUAAGGCCUUGAAAAGUGAAUGCGAUGAGUUUCUUGGACGAGUUAAAUUUUCAAAGUUCCUUUGGGGUAACAUCAAAGCAAUGAGCUUACAGCAGAUUCUUGAUGAAGGCUGUAACUGGCAGAAAAUAGCUACCAGUUUCAUUGAAACACUAGCAGAGAAGUACACCGAUUAUAUUGAUUUUAUUCAACCAGUUCAGGUUGCGGUUUAUGAAAUAAAAUUAGGCUUGGCCCUGGUUAUUUCAAGCGUGAUGCAGAAAGCUAUUUUAUCUAGAUUUAAGAUGGACAAUAUCAAUGCUGUUGUGGAAACAAUCUAUUCAUUUAUGAGAUUUCCCUGGGCAUCUGUAUCAAAAACCAUUUCUGUUAACAUGAAUAGCGAGGUGCCUGAAUUUCCUUCUUGUGAACUAGAAAUCGCUGCAAACUUUGAUGUUGGGGAUAUUGAUCUUCUUGAAAAGUUGUUCUCAUUUUCAAGUGAGGUCAUGACUGAGAAAAUGCAGGUCUCUGAUAGACAGCUGAAAGUUUCGCUAUAUAAGAAUUUUCUUAUUCGCAUUGCACAUUCUGUAGCUAAUGUACGGCUGAUAGAUUCUGCAUCCCUAAGGCUCCUGGAUAUGAUGUUCCAUGAAUUUUCAAAUUUCUGGAUGCGUAUGAAGAUUCAAGCGAAAACGAAGGAAGACUAUGAUUCUCAGCUGUAUAAAUUUAGGCCUCGUAUACUUGAGAUUGAGAACAUUAUUGAACUCGACAUAUCAAUGCUUGGCAAAUCAUUAGCAAAUGAGAAUUUUUUGGAAUGGAAGGAAUUACACUCUGUUGAUGAAGAUGCUGUAAUGGAGGAAGCUUCUAAGGAACAAGAAAAUUCAGAGGAAGAUUGGAAUCUUGUGGAGGAAUCAAUUGUGAAUAGUGUGGUCCACAUUCAUAACCAGUUAUUUGGGUUAAAUAGUUUUUCUCUAACUGGUUCUUUCCAUAUCUCUGAUGUGGACAGAUUACUCUCCUUUACUGAUUCAUAUAUGCUUGGGAUAGUGAUGGUUGAAGGUUUCAGAGGGUCAUUCUUGUCUGGUUUGGAUGCACAACUAGCACCAGAGCACUUACUGCGACUUUGUCUGGAGCAUGAGUUGAAAUUUAUCUCAUCUUGCAAGUCAUCACAGAGAUAUAAUUUUUACAAGGAUUCAAAUGCUUCAGAGAUGUCUAAAAUGGUGAAAGUGCUUGCUCCUCUUCAGUAUUGUGUUCAUUCCCUUUUAAAUGAGCGGGAAGAUGAUCAUGGACUCCUGAAAAUCUCAAAUGUGAUUGAGAUGCUCUUGAAUAUGCCAUUGAGCACCCCUCUUGCGAAGGUUCUCUCAGGACUACAUUUUCUAGUUAACUGUGUUCGGGUGUCACAAGAAAAUGGCUCAAAAGUUUCUGCCUCAGAUCAACUAGAGCCUAUUCUUGCUCUGAUGUCAUCAUGGCAAAAGAUGGAGUUCGAGUCUUGGCCAGCCUUGCUCGAUGAGGUGCAGGAUCAGUAUGAUAUCAAUGCUGGAAAGUUGUGGUUUCCUCUUUAUUCAGUUCUUCGACACCGAUGUUCUUCUGAUUUAGCUGAGUAUAAUGAAUCUACUACUCUAAGUUUGGAGGAAUUCAUUUACACAUCCAGCAUUGGUGAAUUCAGAAAACGCCUUGAACUUCUUUUCGCUUUUCUUGGUCAAAUAAACAUGGGUAUCCGCCUGAAAUUUUAUUCGAGUGCUUGUGAGACGGAGAAUCUGAAGAUCUUGUACAAUGUGUUUGGGUAUUAUGUGCAGUUUUUGCCAGCAACUUUGGAGCACAUAGAAACUCGCAGAAGAAAUAUUGAGGGGGAACUGAAGGAGCUUUUGAAACUAUGUUCAUGGGAACGUCCUGAGAGUUUCUUGUCCAUUGAAAAUUUUAAGAGGAAAAGGCAGAAACUCAGGAAGCUCAUACAGAAGUACACUGAUCUUCUGCAAGAACCUGUAAUGAUUUUUCUUAAUCAAGAAACAGCGCUGAAAAGAAGCAAACCUCAGUCUCAACAUGGUCAAGAGUCCCUCAUUGAUUUUGUGAACAGAAAUGUUGGGAUGAUGGAUGCUACUUUUAAUCAGAAACUACUCAAUGAUGAAGACAGGUUUAUGUGGUAUCCUGAAUGGAGAGAAAAUUCAGAUUGUGCUCUGAGAAAUUUCCAGCUUGAUGUCUCAACUGAGUUUGAUGUUCUAUAUUCACACUAUAAAGAUAUCUUCACAGAAUACAUGGCUUCCCGUUCUAGUGGCCUUCUUUACCAGGCUGAAUGGCAGGCUGUUUGGUGCAAAGUCGAGAGAAUAUUUAGGACUGCUUUAGAUUGUGGUGAAAUCUGGAAGGAUGAAAAGAAAAGCCAAGGAAAGAGGAGGGCCCUAUCUGACCUAUUAAAGCUGUUAGAAAGCAGUGGAUUGUCUAGGCAUAAGCCUAUAUACAUGAAGGAUCAAAUUAAAUCAUGGUGGUUCCUGCAGCCAUCAUAUGACUUGCGGCAUUUGCCAUUGACGCAAAGUAGAUUGAUGUGUGGGGCUUCUGAUGUUGCUGAUCCCAACAAAUUGCUGAGUUUCCCUUCUGGGAAAUUGGUUACUCAAUGGGCAACAGCCAACGAAUACUACUUCAAGAGUGUAGCAUCUCUGCUACUUCUGCAGCAGAUUUGCCUGAACUGUAACAAAGAUAUUAUGAGGGAACAGGUUGAUAGGUCAUGUUCUUUUCUCCACCAUCUCGUUGAAAUACAACAGAAACAACAGGCUACUGCUAUUGUUUUUUCUAAGAAUUUGAAACGCUUUAAGAAAUGUGUUUCUAUUCUCAAAUUGUUAUAUUCAAAUUCCACAAAUUACGAUGAUGGAAAUGGUGCCAAGUUUUCUAUUAUCAAAAAUCAAGAUGGUGUCAUUAAAUGCAUGUGGCAGCAGAAGCAAUUAUUUGAUAGUUUGUAUUCCAUUUCAAAUGACGAACUGGUGUUGCUUAAAAAAUUUGAAACUACACAUUUGAGCACUUGUAAAACCGUCAAAGCCGCAUCAAAUAGGUUCAUUGCUUUGAUUGAGAAGUUUCUUCCAGUCUUCUGGAAUUCAAAGGAACAAUUGGAUAAUAAUCUUCUUGGGCAAGAUAGAGAUAUAACUGAUUUGGCUGCUCCUCCACAUCUUUUUGUUGUUUCAAAAGAAAUGGAAGAAUUGAUUUCCCAAAACUUCCUUGUUAUAAAGGAAUUUAAGGAACAUUUCCUUUCUCUUCGCAAGCAGGAUGUUAAUAAAAGUUCUGUAAUAGAGGCUUUGUUCAAUCAUUUUGAAGAUUUAUUCAUCAAGGCAAGACUAGUGGAAGAAGAGUUUAGUUCUAGGAUGAAAGAAAAAGAAUAUUCUUUUGAUACACUUGAUGGAGGCGCCUGCUGCAGGAUCUAUUCUGAUCUCAAUACUGAAUUUGUUGAGGCUUUUAAAAACACAUUUGAGCAUGUUCUGGAAACAAUGCAAAAGUUAUGUUCAUGUAAUGGUCAAGUUCUAUCAGAUGAAUCAGCAGGGAAUAUUACAUCUUGGGAAUUCCUAUUUGACUCAUUAGUGACAAAUUUGAGCUUGGAACACUUAUGCGAUAAGCUUCUAAGAACAGUCUCUUGUGCGAAAAAACUGGUGAGCGAAUGCGAUGAUAUCUCUUGCCAAUUUUGGGUUCAUUUUAAUCAUCUGAAUUUGCUUCUGGGCCUCUUGUUGGACUUCAGUGAUGGCCUCCUGCAAGAAUUUUUAGCCAUGCAUGAAAGAGUGUCUUUGAUGAUCCAUGUACUUGCAAGCAUUUUAGCUUCUCUCUAUUCAAAAGGGUUUGGUAUCUCUGCUGAAGACCAGGCCAAUGAUGUUGCCCCUGAUUUAUCCCAAGAUGCAGAGGGAACAGGUAUGGGGGAAGGUGCAGGAAUGAAUGAUGUAAGUGACCAGAUAACUGAUGAAGAUCAGCUACUUGGGGCAUCUGAAAAGCAAGGUGAAGAAAAAGAUGCCUCAGGUGAAGCCCCAAGUAAUAAUGAUAAAGGUAUAGAGAUGGAGCAGGAUUUUGCAGCUGAUACUUUUAGUGUUAGUGAGGACUCUGAAGAAGAUACAAAUGAAGAUGGUGAGGAAGAGCAGUUAGACUCUGCCGUUGGAGAAACUGGAGAAAGUGGUCAAGUAGUUGAUGAGAAACUUUGGGAUAAGAAUGAAGAUGAAAAUCCCAAUGAUGUGAAAGAGAAAUAUGAAUCUGGGCCUUCUGUUACAGAUAAGGAUGCAAGUUCUAGGGAGCUUAGAGCCAAGGAAGAUUCCACUGUUGCAGCUGAUGAACCUGGAGAACUUGAUUCCCAUGAACUUGAUAAAUCAGAUAGUGAGAUUGGUAACACAGAUGAUCUUGAUGAUGGAGAGAAUUUGGAAGAUAUGAACCUGGACAAAGAAGAAGCAUUUGUGGAUUCUACAGGUUUAAAGCUUGAUGAAAUGAAUCAAAGUUCUGAAGAAGGUAUGGACUUGGAUGAAAAAGAGGCUGCAGAUUCUGAUGAAGAAGUUAAUCCUGAAGUUCAGGAUGAAUCUGCUGGGGAUGGAAAUCUUGAUGAAGAGAAGCCAUCUCCUAAUGAUGAAACCAUGGUUGAGCCAGGGACAGAUCAACUGGAUGCAAAUCCCGAAGGGGACGAACCACGUACUGAAUGUAAAGAGAAUGAUGAGCCUAAUUUAAUGGGACCGAAAAGAGAUGUUUUUGAACCAGGAUCUGAUGACCUGGUUCGUGAUGAUUUGCUCAAUUCAGAAUCUGUGACAAAACCAGAUUAUGAGUUGCAAGCAUCAGAUCCGAGAAAUGUGGCACCAGAGUUGAACUUUGAAAAUAGCAAGGAUUUCCAUAAUGGCCUUGCUCCUUCAAGAGGGUUACCUUCUAGCAAUUCAUCUGAGCUGGAUAUAAUGGCAUCUGAGUCAGCAAAUGUUGGGAAAAACAUUGAUGGUCAACCAGAAGCUCACUUACCUCAGCCUGAAUCAUCAUCUGUUAGGAAAAGCCAACCAAAUCCUUAUCGUAGCGUCGGUGAUGCGCUGAAGGAGUGGAAAGAAAGAGUAAAUGUGUCUGUUGAUAUUCAAGCAGAUGAUAUGGAUACACAACAGGUUGAGAUCGAUGAUGAGAAUGCAAAUGAAUUUGGAUAUGUUUCUGAAUUUGAGAAGGGCACAGCUCAAGCAUUGGGACCUGCAAUGUCUGAGCAGGUUGACAAAAAUGUCAGUGACAAUAAGCCAAAUGAAGCUGGUCUUUCAGAACAUGGAGAUGAUCUCACCAAGGUUGAAAUUGGGGAGCAAAGAUCUGAAACUCAUCAUACAAGUGGUGCUUCAAUUCGCAAAAAUAAGACUGAGGACCAAAUGAAUUUUGAACCAGAUAAAUUGCCUAAUGAGGAACUGGAAGAAACUCCAAGUAAUGAUGAUGGUGAUUCAAGAGGCCUCUCAGAUAGUCUGGUAUCUGUCAAGAAGUCUUACUUGAGGGAGGACAUACACCAGCUUAGUAAGCUUUCCAUAGAUGACAAUGAUUUAGGGAAGGCCCAGGAUCCUGGGGAUAAUUCAAAUUAUGUGAAUGAUGCUACUGCACUCUGGAGAAGGUACGAGCUGCUCACAACUAGGUUGUCUCAGGAAAUGGCAGAACAAUUGCGUCUUGUUAUGGAGCCAACUAUGGCCAGCAAGCUUCAAGGUGAUUACAAGACUGGGAAGCGAAUAAGCAUGAAGAAGGUGAUUCCAUAUAUAGCAAGUAAUUACCGGAAAGAUAAAAUAUGGCUGAGACGGACUCGACCAAACAAACGAGAUUAUCAAGUUGUAAUUGCAGUUGAUGAUUCCCGUAGUAUGUCUGAAAGUGGAUGUGGCGGUGUUGCUAUUGAAGCUUUGGUGACAGUUUGCCGUGCCAUGUCUCAACUAGAAAUGGGAAACCUGGCUGUGGCAAGCUUCGGAAAGAAGGGCAAUAUAAGGUUACUUCAUGAUUUUGAUCAGCCCUUUACUGGAGAGGCUGGAAUCAAGAUGAUCUCUAGUUUGACAUUCAAGCAAGAGAAUACCAUUGCUGAUGAACCUGUUGUUGAUCUCUUGAAAUAUCUGAACAAAAAGCUGGAUACAGCAGUUGCAAAAGCAAGACUCCCAUCCGGACAGAACCCACUAGAGCAGCUUGUUUUGAUAAUUGCAGAUGGCCGAUUCCAUGAGAAGGAACGCUUGAAGCGCUGUGUUAGGGAUGUCUUAAGUAGGAAGCGUAUGGUUGCUUUUUUGCUUCUAGAUAGUCCACAAGAGUCUAUUGUGGAUCUCAUGGAAGCGUCUUUUCAGGGGGGUAACAUUAAAUUCUCUAAGUAUUUGGAUUCUUUUCCUUUCCCGUACUACAUUGUUCUAAAAAACAUUGAUGCACUUCCCAGAACCCUUGCUGAUUUAUUGAGACAGUGGUUUGAGCUUAUGCAGAACUCGAGAGAAUAGCUGUAUUUGCUUGAAAAUUUUGGUGGGACUCGCAGCAUUCUUUCCCAUAAAUAAAAGAGGUCGUUGUUAAUUGUAUAUUUUGGAUAGUCACGGCCGAAACAGCAUAAAGAUCCUUUGUAUAGGAUUAGAUAUCUUUUUUGCAAAUGUAUAAAAUUGUUCAUGUGUGUGUCUAUAUAUAUAUAUAUAUAUAUAUAUAUAUUAAUAAUAUAUAAUUGGUGUUUA